UCCUCCUCCUCCUCGACCAGCUCGCAGCCUGCCACUCAUUGCGAGACACCACCGACAAUGGCUGAUGUUCUCAAGGGCCUCUUUGGAGGCAGUAAGUCUACAGCAGCUCCAGUGGCCACUGGAGAUUCAGACUUUGCCGACUUUGCAGAGGCCUCUGAACCCUCGCCCGAACCCUUUGUCCCUCCUCCAGGCGGUGCGACCUUUGGUGCCAAUGCGCCCGCCGCCACAGCUCGUCCCUACACCAAGUGGUACCGCAUCGAUGAACGGUACACCCUCAACGACUUCCGCGCCGAGGGCAUCAUUCUUGCCGCCAUCAUCUUCAUCUUUACCCUGCACGUCAUCGGCUCACGCCUGAAUAGGAGUAGGGCCAAGAAGUGGAUCAGGGCGCACUCCAAGAUUUUGGCGUCCGAGUUUGCGCUUGUCGGCUUCGGUGACAAGGCCGGUCCUGCGAGCGAGGGCGAUGCCGACCUUACCAACCCAGACCUGGCGCUCAGAGAGAAGUCGCUGUUCGAGUUCGCAACGUAUGCGACUGGCCGCCAGAAUGUGGCGUUCCUGGACGCGAAGCUCACGCUGAUCCGCCGGUUCAACCCUCUCAUGUCGGUCGCCGAGGCCGGUCUGAGCCUGUUCAUUGACAGCUUCAACAUGCCGCAGGAUCUGGUGGAGGUCACCAUCUAUCCCUUCGACGGCAAGGAGAACUUGUUGGUCCCUGGCGUUCCCGGUAUGGCAGAGCUGCGCAAUAAGGAUGCCAAGAGCAGCUACGACGGCUUCGUCUGGGCAAUUGUCAACAAGGACCGGAUGAAGCAGGUCCGGGAUGAGCGGUUCGACGUCUCCCUGACCUUCACCAAGGAUCACAACAAGCUGCCCGUCUGGAGCACCGUUAUGAGCGAAAGUGCCGAGAUCACCAAUGUGCUGCUCACCAACGAGCUUGCCAAGGCUGUUGAGUCCGCCGGGGAGCUUUUCGAUUACCUCAUCGUCUCUGACCAGCCCGAGGAUAAACCCAAGACUCUCGAGGAGACAAGCCCCCGCAAGCGCAUCUUCCUCAAGUACCGCCUCCCGUCCGACAGCAACUACGCGCCCCUCCUGCCCAUCUUCCAGCACGCCAUCAGGCUGACGGACCAGCUGGCCAAGGAGGCUCACUUCCGGCCCGAGGUGUUGCGCAAGGUGAAGGGCGUGCGUGACGACACGGUCAAGCAGAUCCAGAAGGCCAGCCUGGAGGAGAAGUCUGAGGAGCGCAACUACGAGCGUGAGAAGGCCAGAAAGGCCAAGCGCGACCAGGAGCUGGCGGCCCUCGAUGCCAAGGGCCAGAAGAAGUACCUCGAGAAGGAGCGCGAGAAGGAGCAGCGCAAGCAGCAGAAGAGAAUGACCUCGCGCGCGUAAUUGGAGGGGGUUCUCUGUGUCGGGAAGGACAAGGGAAGGCACCGGGGUGUCAGGGCUGUAUUGAGGUCGUUGAUGAGUGGGGCUGGCUAAGGGCGGCAUCUGUGCCAGGGUUUUGUGCCGGGCACCGUGGCCAUCUAAAACGGAACUAGGAUAUAUGGUGAUCUUGUAUAAGUUAUCAUCGUGUGCCCAUCUAAAAAGUUUAACGGAGGCAAAAUCAUUCAG